GGGAAAUAAAUAGCGGCCGUGCGGGGCUCUUCGCCUCACUGGAUGCGCAUCUUCGCCCUGAGCCUACUUUGCAUCCACCGGAGCUCCCGAGACUCAAAGCGCCCGCAUGGAUUCCGAAGACUGCUCGUGCUCCAGCGGUGGGGUGUGCUCCUGCGGCAACAACUGUCAGUGUAAAAAUUGUAAAUGCAAAUCCUGCAGGAAAAGCUGCUGUUCCUGUUGCCCGGUGGGCUGUGCCAAGUGUGCCCAGGGCUGUAUUUGCAAAGGCCCCCCUGCCACUAAAUGCAGCUGCUGCAAGUAAAAGAGAGGCUGGCUUCUUCCGUCUUGAAAUCUGUAUAUUUGCCCGCAGAAAUGUAAUGUUGAUGUCCUGUUAUAUUUUUGCUAUUGCGUGCUCUUAUUGUUAGUUGUGAACGUAAACGACGGUGACAGUAAUAAUGCCACGUAUGUAUAUAAGAAAUGUUUGCGGUGUUUUGGCAUUUGCCUUUGCCAAGGGACCAGCAGGAGGCGUGGGUAGGCAUGAGAUGCUGUGCUCCAGUUAGGAAUCUGCUCUUAAAUGAAGUUGUAUUACCGCUAUAUUUCAGAUAUCGGAAUUUUUGGCAACCGAUUGCAAGGUACUAACUCCUGUUUAAAAAUAAAAUGAUUUUAAACACCUAAAA